CCCUCUUUCCUGUAUGGUCUUUUAAAUUUAAUUUUGUAUUGUGUUUCACAACAUUUCUUUAAAAUUUAAUUUCAAAGUUUGAAAAUCAAAUUCAUGUGCAAAAAAUAAUUCUAGCACCAGUAACAUAGUUGUGAAAGCGUGCAUCAUUUUUAUGUCACACCCACAAUUCAGCACCGUGAGAGUGGACAGCAACUGUGAAAUCUCCGGUCAGGAGACAGUGAUGAUUCAUUUACUCACUCCAGUUAUUUGGACAACAUAAACGUCUAAUACAUUUUCAUGCUUUCUCUAUGUUUUUCUCUUAUUUGACAUGAAGUUUUAGUUUUGCAGUUAGUUUGAUGUACGGGGUGCAAUGUGUUUUUCAUUUGUCUUUGCUGUUUGAAAAGGACUAUUCUCAUAUCAUUUCUUAUUCACUGAUAUCUGUCAUAAUCAUCCCACAUGAAAGCUCACAAAAAGAAUAGAUGCUGCCUCUUUAAGAGUGUCGAUCAGUUUCCCUCUCAUUGGGUGGUGGAAAUGGAUGCUAUGGACCAAUAGGAUUUAGAAUUGUACAAAGCAAUCUAGUCCCUGCCCCCAUGCAGCCGUAGCACUGUAACAUUUUGAAUGCAAGGAGCUGGCGGAAAGACGGUCAUGAGCUCCCAUUUUCUAAGACCUAAAUGUAUGAUUUUUUUUUACAGUCAUGCUCAACGAUUGCGAUAGUUUUACUUUGUGGGGAUUUCUUGGCAUCAUGGAUUCCAACGUUGUUAUAAACAAAAUUUCGAUUGGAAUUGCUGUGUUAUAGCGGACCCAGGAUGACAAAGACAAUAGGAUACCGAGACUGGAGAUGGCUUACGCUUUGGUGGCAUCAUUUCUUUCUCUUGUGGAGUACAAUAGACGGACAGACUCGUUACAGCAUCCCGGAGGAACUGAAACAGGGCUCAGUGGUAGGAAAUCUAGCCAAAGAUCUGGGUUUGGGACUAUCAGACAUUUUUGACCGCAAGCUGCGUGUCGCCUCCGAGGCUGGUGAGCAGUAUUUCAGUGUGGAUGCGGGGAAGGGCGAGCUGGUGGUGAAUGACAGAAUAGACAGAGAGGCUUUAUGUGGACAAAGCGCCAGCUGUGUGUUACCUCUGCAAGUUGUUGUUGAAAAUCCUUUGCAAUCCCAUCGAAUUGAAGUGGAAAUAAGAGACACAAAUGACAAUUCUCCGAGUUUUCUUUCACGUGAGAUUAACCUUAAAAUACCAGAAUCAGUUGCGAUUGGCAGACGUUUUCUUUUGGAGAGCGCGGAGGACCCUGAUGUGGGAAGCAAUUCUUUGAAAACGUACUCUCUAAGCAAAAAUGACUAUUUUUCUCUUAAAUUUAAGGAUACAAAAGAUGGUAAAGCUGUCCCAGAAUUAGCGCUAGAAAAGCCGUUAGACCGGGAAAAGAAUGCUCUCCAUCAGCUGGUGCUGACCGCGUUAGAUGGGGGGACACCAGUCAAAUCGGGGACCUCUAAGAUCAUCAUUAAUGUGCUUGAUAUUAACGACAAUUCCCCAACAUUCAGUGAAAAUGAAUACAAAGUCUCCUUAAAGGAAAACAGCACCAAAGGAACGUUUGUAAUCAGAGUUACAGCUACAGAUGCAGACGAUGGUCUGAAUGGUGAAGUUAAAUAUUCUUUCGGGUCCCGCACUCCAGACUUUGUGUUAUCAACAUUUGAAAUCAGUGAAAUAACAGGAGAGAUCGUAUUAAAAGGAGAGUUAGAUUAUGAAAGCUUUAAAUCAUACCUUAUCUAUGUGACAGCUAAAGACAAAGGCACUCCUGAAAUGGAGGGUCACUGUCGUGUGCAUUUGGACGUAGAAGACAUUAACGAUAAUGUUCCAGAAAUUACGCUCACUUCAACACCCAGUCCUGUCCGCGAGGACGCACCAAGUGACACAGUAGUGGCUUUGAUCAGUGCACGAGACCUUGACUCCGGUGACAAUGGUAAAGUGACUUUAAAGAUUCCCAAACGAUCUUCAUUCACUCUAAAACCAUCCUACUCGAAUAAUUAUGAACUGGUGACCAGUGGUCCUUUAGACCGAGAGAGUUUCUCACAGUAUAACAUUGAGAUAACAGCCACUGAUUCAGGCUCUCCUCCUCUCUCUAGUAAGAAAAUUAUACCUGUCAGCGUCACUGAUGUGAAUGACAACCCUCCUGUAUUCACUCAGCCCUCCUAUAAUGUUUAUUUAAAAGAGAAUGGAGUACCAGGGUCCAUACUGUAUUCAGUGUCAGCAUCUGAUCUGGAUUUUGGUGAAAACGCCAAAGUGUCCUACUCCAUACUGGACUCUAAAGUGCAGGACGUUUCUGUCUCGUCUUAUGUUUACAUUAACUCGGAUAACGGCAGCAUCUACAGCAUGCACUCGUUUGACUAUGAGAAACUGAAGGUGUUUGAGAUUCGGGUCCAGGCAAAGGACCAGGGCUCUCCGUCCCUCAGCAGCAACGCCACCGUCCAUGUUUUUAUCCUGGACCAGAACGACAAUGCCCCCGCUGUUAUUUACCCCUCGUCCGCUGCCCUGGGCUCCCUGUCUCAUCAGAGGAUGCCCCGCUCCGCUAAAGCGGGUCACCUGGUUACUAAGGUGACGGCCGUGGACGCUGACUCGGGCCAUAACGCCUGGAUCUCGUACAGAGUGGCGGAGGCCACAGACGCCUCUCUGUUCACUGUCAACCAGUACACAGGGGAGGUGAGGACUAAACGCGCCGUGUCCGAGCAGGACGACUCCUCUCAGAGGCUGCUUAUUGAGAUCAAGGACGACGGGGAGCCGGUCCAGUCCGCCACCGUCACGGUGUCCAUCCUGCUGGAGGACGGCCUCCACGAGCCCAUCUUAGACCUCCGACAGAAGGCGGUGGAGCCCAGCAAGAAAAGUGGGAGACUCACCCUUUAUUUGAUCGUGUCUCUGGCCUCGGUGUCCGUGCUGUCUCUGGUGACUUUUGUCAUCUUAGCGGUUAAAUGCAUCAGGAACAGCAGGAGCAGCGGCAGCUGCUGCAUGAGACGGAGCGACUGUGAUGAUUACAAGAACCCCAACAGAAACCUGCAGAUUCAGCUGAACACUGAUGGACCUAUAAAGUACGUGGAGGUCCUGGGAGGAGACAUGUUGUCUCAGAGUCAGUCCUUCAGGUCCUGCAUGUCUCCCAUGUCAGAGUACAGUGAUUUCACUCUGAUUAAACCCAGCAGCACCACUGACUUUAGGGAGGUGAUCAGUGUGCUGGAUGCGUCCUUACCCGACAGCACGUGGACCUUUGAGAGCCAGCAGGUGAGCAGAGAGUUAAAUAAUCCUUUAUGUGUAUGUUCUCUCACGAGAUUCCCUUUUUUUAAUUACUCUUUUUCACAUUUCUUGUCUGUCGAGGGAUUUGUUUUUAUAUGCAGUCAAUCUUGUAGAAUAUUAUCACAAUAUGAUUUAUAUUUGAAAAAAAAUGAAAUAAUAUUUAACAGGGCUAUAUAGUAUUCACUCACACGG